GGGUGCUGAGUAGGCAGGAGGGGCCGGGCAGCCAUAUUGUGAAGCCCUCCAUCCUCCUGUAGCGGCUCUGAGCCGCCUCCCAUCCUCUAUCUGCCCUCCUCUUCUUCCUCCCCAGAGAGACUGCGCGGCCUCAGCCCACCCAGCGCCGACACAGCUGCCCGAGUAACGGAGCCUGCGGGAGGAGGAGGACAGCAACUGAGCGGAGGCCUCCUGCAGGAAAGGACAAUCAUUUGCUGGCUUAGUGUGAAGAAAACGCAGGCAAGAUGCCGAAGCCGAUUAACGUUCGAGUGACUACCAUGGAUGCGGAGCUGGAGUUUGCCAUUCAGCCGAACACAACUGGCAAGCAACUCUUUGACCAGGUGGUGAAGACGGUCGGUCUGCGUGAAGUUUGGUUCUUCGGACUGCAGUACGUGGACAGUAAGGGCUACUCAACUUGGUUAAAGCUGAAUAAAAAGGUCACUCAACAAGACGUCAGGAAAGAGAACCCUCUGCAGUUCAAAUUCAGAGCUAAGUUUUUCCCAGAGGAUGUGUCAGAGGAGUUAAUUCAGGAUAUAACCCAGAGACUAUUCUUUUUACAAGUUAAAGAAGCUAUAUUAAACGAUGAGAUUUACUGUCCUCCUGAGACGGCCGUCCUUCUGGCUUCCUAUUCUGUGCAAGCCAAAUAUGGAGAUUACAGCAAGGAUGUCCACAAACCAGGUUACCUGGCCAAUGACCGGCUACUUCCUCAGCGGGUUUUGGAACAACAUAAACUGACAAAAGAACAAUGGGAAGAAAGAAUACAAACCUGGCACGAGGAGCACAGAAGCAUGUUAAGGGAAGACUCUAUGAUGGAGUACCUAAAAAUUGCCCAGGAUCUAGAAAUGUAUGGUGUCAAUUAUUUUGAAAUAAAAAAUAAAAAGGGCACGGAGCUAUGGCUGGGUGUGGAUGCAUUGGGCCUUAAUAUAUAUGAACAUGAAGACAAGUUGACCCCUAAAAUUGGAUUUCCUUGGAGUGAAAUCAGGAACAUCUCCUUUAAUGACAAAAAAUUUGUUAUAAAACCGAUUGACAAGAAAGCCCCGGACUUUGUAUUUUAUGCUCCCCGUUUAAGAAUAAAUAAGCGUAUAUUAGCCCUGUGUAUGGGCAAUCAUGAACUCUACAUGAGGAGAAGGAAGCCUGACACAAUCGAGGUUCAGCAGAUGAAGGCUCAGGCCAGAGAGGAGAAGCAUCAGAAACAGCUGGAGAGAGCACAGCUAGAAAAUGAAAAGAAGAAAAGAGAAAUAGCAGAGAAGGAAAAAGAGAGAAUAGAACGUGAAAAAGAUGAACUGAUUGAACGGCUGCGACAAAUCGAAGAACAGACGCUAAAGGCACAGAAAGAGCUAGAAGAACAAACUAGAAAAGCUUUAGAGUUGGAACAGGAAAGAAAACGAGCAAUAGAAGAAUCCGAGCGCCUGGAGAAAGAGCGACGGUCUGCAGAAGAAGCCAAGGCAGCACUGGCCAAGCAAGCUGCAGACCAGAUGAAAAACCAGGAGCAGCUGGCUGCUGAACUUGCAGAGUUUACUGCCAAGAUUGCUUUACUUGAAGACGCAAAGAAGAAGAAGGAAGAGGAAGCUUCGGAGUGGCAACAAAAAGCAUAUUCAGCACAGGAAGAUCUAGAAAAAACCAAAGAAGAAUUAAAAUACGUAAUGUCUGUCCCACCACCUCCCCCACCCCCACUACCUCCACCGCCAGCAGCACCCGCGGAGAACGAACACGAGCAUGACGAACAGGACGAAAACAGUGCUGAGGCCAGCGCAGAACUGGCCAAUGAUGGUGUGAUGAACCAUCGCAGUGAAGAGGAAAGGCUGACGGAGACGCAAAAGAAUGAGCGAGUAAAGAAGCAGCUUCAGGCUCUAAGUUCAGAGUUGGCUCAAGCUAGAGAUGAAACCAAGAAAACUCAGAAUGACGUCCUUCAUGCGGAAAACGUGAAAGCCGGCCGUGAUAAGUACAAGACUCUUCGCCAGAUCAGACAAGGAAACACCAAACAGCGUAUCGAUGAGUUUGAAGCAAUGUGAGGACACUUCAUUGCUAUACAUUCUACACAAUGCUGAAUCACUAACCUAGAAAGUAGGCCUUUGCAGACACCGACAACGGAGCAUGCCCCCCCUUGCCAAAGCACUUGUACCAGUCAGACUGUGGAGGAUAGAAUUCAACAAGGCGAUCGGAAUGGGUUUUAUCUCCAUGUCUUGUCUAAUUACGUUUGUAACACCAUAUCAAUGUAAUUCAUUUAGCUUGUCUUUUGUUUUUCUGAAAAAAAUGUUAGCUGUUAGCUCAUAAAGCUUUCACGGUUUGAAUUCUGAAAGGACAUUUAAAUAUUAAGCUUAGAACUGACGUUACUGUGUAGAAAUGGACAUUUUUUUGUUACUUCAUAAUGUGGAAUUAUUUGUAAUGUUAUGCCCUGUUGGAAUCUUCUUGUUCUCCUUUUCUUUUACAUUUCUAGUAUGCCUAGAGCCAGGGCAUUUGUAGGGUUGGCGAAAGGAUUUCCUGACAUGUGCUAGCAAUAACUAGGCAUUAAGACGUAUCUUGUAUGAGGAGAACAUAUAAACCUUAGUGUUAGGGAUUGGGCUGAAUACUACUACUACCUCACAAACACAUGAUGACUGGUCCUUGUCAUUACCAACGACAUGAUUUAUUCACUAAGAUUUACCCUAGUUUGAGGUUUUGUUUUUUUAAUAUAUAUAUUUCUAUUUUUUUUUCUUUAUUGCUUUUCACCAUUAAGCUGUCUAUAUUAGUUUGUAAGUCAUCACUUCUAUUAUUUUAUAGGAGAUAAAUAACCAUACUAACAUUGAAGACAUGACAAGCACUAUUUACAGUCUGUUACUUGUGUACAUUUCUGUUACACUCCUAAAUGAUUCUCAUCACAGAGGCUGGAGGUAUCUUUUGGAGACUUGUAAUCCAUAAGCUUACUUAGUUAAUAUUUUCUGUUG